UAACACUCCCGCCCUGAUCAUAACGCUGUUUGACUUACCCGCAGAAGAAGGCACGCGCGGGAGGGCGUCCUCUCCGAAGACACGGAGUUUUGAAAGAAUCCGAUAGGACAGAAGAAGGAAGAAGAGAGAAAAUAUUUCUUGAGGGAUUGUGAGUUCCCUCCUUUGGGAAUUGGAAAAGAAAGAGAGAGAGAGAAAGAAAAUUAAGGAGAGGAAGUCCAAGGUCCCAGAACAAAGCCAAGUUCGCGCGACGGGAAAUCCAGGUAUCGGAAGAGGCGAGAAGAGAACAGGAAGCAAGAAGGCGAAAGGGGAAGAAGAGGAAGAGGAAGGAGACAGAGAGAGAGAGAGAGAGAGACGGAAGAGGCCUCGCGAAGGAGAGAAGGAGCGGCAGCGGACAAAGAACACGCGUGAUCGAUAGGGCGACGCGGCUGUUAGGAGGAGUGAAAAAUGGAGAACCAAGGCAUAUCGGAAGAAAAACUGCAGAUCAUCAGGAAAACCUUCGCCAUGUUCGACCAGGAGAAGACAGGCUUCGUUCCCACCAACAAGAUCACGGGGAUUCUCAACACGCUGGACCUCAAGUUCAGUGAAGAGGAUGUGAGACUCAAGAUCAAGGCCAUAGACCCCAACAAGGAAGGAAAACUGAACUUCACAAACUUCAUGAACAUCCUGAGCGCCUACAUGGUGGACGACGACGAUGAUGACGAGGCGAUGUACCAGGAGCUGAAGGAGGCGUUCAGGCUCUACGACAGAGGGGGCGACGGCUACAUCACCACAGCCACUCUAAAGGAGAUUUUGAAGGAACUUGACAACAAGCUUAGCAACGAGGACUUGGAUGGCAUCAUCGACGAGAUUGACGAGGAUGGCUCUGGCACGGUGGACUUCGAUGAGUUCAUGGAGAUGAUGACUGGCUAAAGGAACGAGACAUGAAAACAAAUUAUGCCUACUUGGUUUAAGAUCCCUUAGUAAAUAUAUAUAUUUUUGAAUUUUACGAAAGGAAAUACUUGGCACUGAAUUGAGGCUACAGUUAAUGAUAUUGGUUUGAGUAAAAUCAUUGAAACCUGUACAAUGGAAAAAAAUAUAAGCAACACAAUAUGUGUAUAUAAACUGCAAUGAAAAUAAAACAUAUAUAAAAAAAAUAUAUAUAUACAUAAAAUACAGAAAAAAAAGUGUUUUGGGCUAUAAAGUUUUAUGUUCCUGCAGAAUUAUGUUUAAUUAGCCUGUGAUAGAAAUAUAUAUAUAGUCUUUUCUAAUUAUGAUUUGACCUACUUUUGCUGGUAUCAAGUGAGAAUAAUAACUAUGUAUGCCGUAUUUUAGGAUAGAAGACUGUGCGCACUUUAAUGAUUUUUGAUUUGUGAAACGAUUUCUUGAUACCUCUGUGUAAUUGCAAGUUUAUUGCAGUGAUCUGUGUUUUCUGUUUUGUAUCGUUUGUAUUACAUUUUACUAAUAAAAUCAUCAGGCCUGGA